AUGAGUCAACCCUCGUCGGACGGUCGUGGAGGGAGUGACACAAAAGGAACCACGAAAGUAACGCACUACUUAUACUAUCGCCUCUACACCAAAGAUGGGCCAAUCGCCUCGAACAACCCCAUCUAUGCGAAUGACCCAUACCUAAGUCGCACUCUCACGAAAUUCAUCACGCCCCCUCGUACUGCCUUAUCCGUGAAGGGUCGAAUCUGCUCAAUCGAAAACCUUUCAAGAAUCACAGAGUGUUCUUUGUUUGAAUCGCUUUCAGGUAUGACUCCCAUCGAGAACACCGCGCGGCUAUCGAUGCAAGGCCAUUCUGGUCCAGGACUUUCUGAGCAUGAGCCCGUCAUUCUUGUGACUGGGUCGCAGGACGUUGAAAGGUCUCCGCCGAAGCUCGAACCUGGAACAUUAUCAGAUGCUACUCUGCGUGAGCCUCGUUACCUUUAUUAUCGUGUAUACAAAGGAACGGAGGGUGCGAUUGCAUCGAAAACACAUUUCGAUGUAGAUGAUAACACGUUGGGUCGAAUUGACGUGCUCUCCAUAGCCCCUCCCCAUACCGUCGCCUCCCUGAAGUCCCGGAUCGUCAAAACCGAGGGUACCAUAGUUUAUCGCAAAAUGCAAAUAUUCAAAGACAUCGACGGCGAGGAACUGAUGAAUGAUAAAGAUCAUUUGUCCUUACAGGCCGACACCUAUCCAGGUUGUGAGGAAGACGAUCCCAUUGCAAUCGUCUGUGGAGAAACCCCAAUAGAUCAAGAAGAAAAGGCGAAACCUCAAGAAAGUCAGAAUAAAACAACAACAUUUUCCAAGUCGAUUCGAGUGGAGUCAGGACGGUGGGUUCCCAACCCUCCAAAGUGGCUUACCGCGUCAAAGGGUGAUGUAUUGAAAACCGAUGGUGUCAAGACAUCUGAGAUCCAUACUGGCAAUCGUACUGUUCUUUUUCGUGAGGUAAAUUUAAGAAACUAUGCUCAUGUCGUGUCUUAUCAAGGUGUGCAUUACGAUGGCUAUAUUGCGAUGAAUUCUGCUGGGACCGUCGGUUUCGUUCCUGAACUGUUUUUGCUUUGGUCUGUGCCACGGCGUGCACCGAUUUACUAG